AUUGCUUCACCUGUUACCUACUCCUGUUUUGCAGGCAUCAUUUUCACGCAGUCACAGCUUAGGGUUCACAAUUGGCUUUUGUUCAACUUUUAUCCCUCAUUUGUUAUGCUUCACAUUGGUCAAAACUUGGUACCCUCUAGUUCCCAUGGAUUCUUCUAUUGCUGACAGAAAAACUGAAGAAGUGAAGGACCGGUAUUUGAUAAAAUACCGUCGAAGAAGGAGAAAACAGAAAAUAGAGGCAGAAGAUACUAAGGUACACAAUGAAGGUGUUCGAAUCGUUGACAAUGAUGAAGGUGACCCAAAUGAUAAUUAUUGCAGCAGGAGACCAAAGAUAAAAAAAAUAGAUAUAGAAAUGAUGAGUCCAAACUUGCACACCAACAACAGCAAGUUAAUUGAAGAACAGUUGAUUAGAGAACGAUUCUUAUUUUGUCAUCAAUGUCAGAUAAAGGGUAGAGGGAAGACUGUGAGGUGCCAAAACUGUACUAUGAGAAGAUAUUGCGCACCCUGCAUACGAAAUUGGUAUCCUCAUUUGAAAGAGGAUGACAUUUUUGAGUCAUGUCCCGUGUGCCGAGGAAAUUGCAAUUGCGUAGCAUGCUUGAGAUCCGAUAUACUUAUUAAAGAAAUGAAGCAAAAAGCUAAAACCAAAGAAGAUGAGCAUGUUGAAUUCUCUGUGUAUUUGCUGCAAACACUUCUUCCACAUUUAAGAUUGUUGAAUGAAGAACAAAUGAUUGAGAAUGAAACAGAAGCUAAGAUACAAGGUAUCUCAAUCUCUGAGCUUAGAAUAAAAGAGGCAGGUUAUUAUAAGGACGAGCGAGUAUAUUGUGAUAAUUGUAAAACGUCAAUAUUUGAUUACCACAGAAGUUGUACACUGUGCUCUUUCGAUCUUUGUCUCAUCUGUUGUCGUGAGCUUCGUAAUGGGCAGCUUUUAGGUGGUGCAGAGCCAAUUAUGUUUGAUUUUUCCCAUAAAGGUCGCGGUUACUUGCAUGGUGAAGAAGUAGUAAAUAGAAGGGUAAACCAAACUCAAUCAAACGAUGUUGCUAAACCUGUAGUUCGUGAAUGGUCAAGAUUUGGAUGGCAUGCCGAAAGUAAUGGUAGCAUUCCAUGUCCAAAAGUUAGUGAUGAAAGUAACCAUGGUUUUCUAGAACUGAGGAGCGUGUUAGGUCAAAAUUUUAUUUAUGAUUUAUUGUGUAAAGCAAAUGAACUAGCACUAAGACACAAACUUGGAACACUUGGCAAUUUCUGUACGUGUUCAAGAAACACAAAUGUUAGAUAUCAUGGUAUGAGGAAGGCUGCAUCACGUGCAAAUUCUAGUGACAACUAUUUGUACUGUCCUAGGGCUGUACAACCCCAGGAUGAGGAUUUAGAGCAUUUUCGGUGGCAUUGGAAAAAUGGAGAGCCUGUUAUUGUUAGCCAUGUGAUUGAUAGUACAUCUGGUUUAAGCUGGGAACCAUCUGUCAUGUGUCGUGCAUUGUGUCACAUAGCCAAGAGCAGCCAUGCACAACAUUUGGAUGUGAAGGCAAUUGAUUGCUUAGAUUUUUGCGAGGUUAAAAUUAAGAUCCACGAAUUUUUUACUGGGUAUAAAGAAGGUCGUGUGGAUUGGCUUGAUUGGCCUCGCAUAUUGAAAUUAAAAGACUGGCCAUCUUCUAAUUUAUUAGAGGAACGCUUACCUCGACAUUGUGCCGAGUUCAUAUCUUCCUUGCCAUUCAAGGAAUACACUGAUCCAUUUGGUGGUUGCCUUAACCUAGCUGUGAAAUUGCCUGAAGAGUGUCUAAAGCCAGACUUGGGGCCGAAGACAUACAUUGCUUAUGGAUUUCCUCAGGAGCUUGGACGUGGUGAUUCUGUGACUAAGCUCCAUUGUGAUUUGUCUGAUGCAGUGAAUGUGUUGACUCAUAUAGCUGAAGUUAAAUUGGAAGCGAAGCAUCUUACUGCCAUUAAGAAUUUGAAAGAAAAACACUUGCAGCAAGACAAAAGGGAGUUAGUGAGUGAUGAUCAGGAUGUUGACAAAGUAAAUAUGAAGCAAGAAAGUGAUUUGUUGUUCGCAGGGGAUGGUUCAGAAGGUGCACUGUGGGAUAUCUUUCGGAGGCAGGAUGUACCUAAAUUGCAGGAGUAUCUGAGGAAGCAUUUCAAAGAGUUUAGGCAUAUCCAUUGCCGUCCUUUAAAGCAGGUUAUUCACCCCAUCCAUGACCAGACCUUCUAUUUGACUGUGGAGCAUAAGAGGAAGCUAAAGGAGGAGUAUGGAAUUGAGCCCUGGACAUUUAUUCAGAAGCUAGGAGAAGCUGUUUUCAUUCCAGCUGGUUGUCCUCACCAAGUUAGAAAUCUGAAGUCGUGUAAUAAGGUUGCAAUGGAUUUUGUUUCUCCUGAAAAUGUUGGGGAGUGUUUCCGUUUAUCCGAGGAAUUUCGUACACUUCCAAUAAAUCAUGGGUGUGCUGAGGACAAAUUGGAGGUGAAAAAGAUGACAGUAUAUGCUAUGCAAGAUGUGAUAACAAAAUUGAAAAGGGCUAGGCCCUUGAUUCAGUUAUCAUUCGUGAAAUUGAUUAUCACUAUUCAAUUUACAGGUUAGCAGACAAAGGACCGGUAAAAGUUUAAAUUUUAGGAGUUUUUAUUCUGGGUUUCUAUACUGUUCCACAGUUUGUUUUUUCAAUCACACCUGGAGGGAAGUUUUUUUUUUUUUUUUAAUAAACUAGUCUAGCUUUUGAGCUUCUGAAUCCCAUAUUAUGUUUGGCCUCUAGCAUGUAUCUUUUUCAUAUGUUCUCUGUUAAUCUCUCAAGAAGCUUUAAAGAAAUUUAUUAAACUAUGAAAAUUAGGGUUGGUAAUCAUCUCAUAAAAUAUUGUAUCAGCCAAUAACCAAGUAAGUAACUUCAUGUAAGUUCUUCUCAUAACAUUAAAAGCUUUAACUUUAAAUUAUUUCCAAGAUAAAGAGGUCGGAAGAGAAAAAAUAGAGAUCAACAGAAAGAGGUAAGCGAUGUGGGACAUGAAAGAGAGGAGAAACCUUAGAUCCUUGCAGCGUUUUCGAUCUCAGACAAUUGAGGAGCAAGACAA